UUUUUAGAUUUGGCUUGAAAAAUGAAUUCGUCAGUUUACAAUGAUACUGACGCCGAUGAUCCACCACCAUCCAUUAUCGCACCGAUUUUGAGUUUGGACCCAAUUACGCGCCUCAUGUUUCACGUGGCAACUGUGUCCAUCAAUUCCAGUUCCACGUCGAUUUCGUCUCAAGAAGAAGCUACAGAUGAUCCGCUCACAGAAAUGCUUGAUCGUUUCAGUAGAAUCCAACAAGAGGAAUGUGAUCGCAUAGCUAACUUGUGUGAAAACCGACAGCUGUACACGUGGCUUGUAGGUUACGGUUUCAUUUUUGUAUUUCUCUUGGCGCUGUUCGGAAACGUCGUAAACUUGUUGAUCUAUAAUUCGGAUCACAUUAAAUACUAUAUUGCCAUCAGAAUGUUGUGCACAAGACUGCUUAUGAACUCGCUGACUCUAAUAUGCAUGCUUCCUCAAGCGCUUCGCAUUGUUUCUGCGUGGGAUUCUGAUUCACAUAUAAACGAAAUAUAUUGGGUUUACUAUCCGUAUCAGAUCUAUUUUGUCAACCUUUUUGGAUUUUGUGCUAUGUGGUUAACUGUGCUUAUGACCGCAGAGUGUUAUCUUCACGUGUUUUUCCCGUCCCACUCAAAAAGUCUUUGCACCAAGAGAAAUCUCUCACGAAGCUAUUUCAUUAUUCUUGUUGUUGGUGCCUUAUUGGCAUUGAUGUAUAAGUUCAAUCGAAGUGUUACAUUGAGCACACAUUGCAACCGCGUUAUACCGACAAUUCACGCUUCUGAAGAUUUUGUAAUGAUCUGUCUGGAAAAGAUCCACACAUUUGCAAACCUCCUCUUCGCUAUUGUCGUCCCAAUGGGUCUGCUUCUCUUCAUGGCAGCGUCAAUUCUUUGGAAGUUGGUCUUGAAGCGAAGCGAUUUUGUAUCGCACUUCACAGCAGAAAAACGUUGUGUGACACGGAUUACUCUAAUCACCACAGGACUUCAAUUAAUUGCUGAACUUCCCCCAAUUCCUGUUUUCUUGUAUGCUACUAUUUUCGGACCAGCUGUCACCAACGAGCCUGCUAUUUGCGUCUGGAAUACUAUAGCCGUCUUCCUUGGUCUAUGCAACGUUUCGCUCUCUUUCUUUGUGUACCUUGUUUUUUCCGACAAGUUUCGUGAAAUGGUGAAAACACGUCUCUGUGAGCUGAUCCCAUGCAUCUCUUCCCCUCGAUCCUUGGUACAUUACUCAAAUGAGUCAACUGAUCCAAAGUUGAGAACAAACUUGUUGGCACGAGAGCAGGUUCAUAUAAAACAGCCUGAGACGGAAUCGUCGGUCUGCACAGAAACCUAUCUUCUCAACGAGAAAUCUUCAACGAAUGAUGACUCCUUCUUGUAAUCGUUUUUUCUAUACUGGAAACUUAACUUUUAUAUAUUUCUGAUCAAAACUCUAUGCCAUGACACUUGCUUCACUAUCGCAUGAUGCUUCUUUUGUUUCCACUCAAAUGAAGCUGUUUUUUGAAUA